AUGGAGGAAAUAAGUGGGGAUCCAGUGGAUGGGAGUUUUGUGUUUCUGUGGAAGCUUAAGAUACCACCUAAGCCAAAGAUAUUUACCUGGCGACUCAUCAAAGAUCGCUUACCAACGAAGCUGAACCUAAGAGGGAGACAAGUGGAGAUAACUGACCCAAUGUGCCCGUUAUGCAACAAUUCCGAGGAGGAUGCAGCACACCUUUUCUUCAAUUGCAGCAACGUCCUCCCCUUGUGGUGGGAGUCACUUUCAUGGGUUAAGUCAGUGGGUGCUUUCCCCAAAGAACCCAAAGAUCAUUUUAUGCAGCAUACUAUAAGGAACGCUACACAAUCAAAAGAUAUGAGAUGGAGCUGCUGGUGGAUAGCCCUCACAAGGACCAUAUGGCAACACAGAAACAAGUUGGUAUUUGAUAAUCAAACUUUUAACGCAACCAAGCUUAUGGAUGAAGCACUUCUUCUUCUAUGGUCCUGGCUUAAAGCAAUGGAAAAAUAUUUUGAUACACAUUUCAAUCAGUGGUCCUCUAAUCUGGCAGAUGCCUUUAUGUAA